GGCGGUUAUACGACACCCAGAAAAACCGUUGAGCCCUUGCUGCUGUAGUUACGGUAGCUGCGACGACUGCACUGUGAUGUCCCGUCGCAGUACGUAAAGAGUCAAGGAUGCAUUUUUGCUUCUGGGGGCGUGUUUCUGUUUAGAUAACGGGACUCUGCCGAGCUGAGUCGCCACCGUGGAGAGGAAGAAAUCUACUUCACGUCGGUAGGACAGUCGUGGCUGGACUGUAAUUAUGUGACUGCGUCGCAGGGAUUCCAGACAGAGUAAUACGGUACGACUAAUUCCCGCACAAGCAAACACCGAAUGCAGCCUUUCUCAAAGUAAAUCGACUUUAUUUACUGGUGAACGACUCGAGCGGUUGCAGUCAAACUUGUUGUAAACGCCGAGUGUUAGCUUAAAGCGAUGGAGAAAUCUGAGUCGAGUGGGCCGAGUAGCCGUGACGGCGAGACGAAGAACCCGGUGACCGACGGUACUUUAGUUCCUAAAGCUAAAGGAGCCAGAGCUGUCGCGGUUCUCUGGACUUUUGGGAAAUGUCUGGGUGCUUUACUGCCCGUCUACCUGGCCGGGUACUACCGGGUCAGCACCAGCCUGCUUGUGUUCGGCAUGAUGGUGUACACCGGGUGGAAACAUGCGAGAGAAGCCAAAGAGGAGCGACUCAAGUCGGCGAUCCAGCUGAUGGACUCGGAGCAGGAGUACACCUUCAGCAAAUCCUCCAAGAUCAAGCGAGACCUCCCUGCGUGGGUUAACUUCCCAGAUGUCGAGAAAGUGGAGUGGCUAAAUAAGGUGCUGCAGCAAGUGUGGCCCUUUGUCGGCCAGUACUUGGAGAAGCUUCUGGUGGAGACCAUUGCCCCUUCGAUUCGGGCGUCCAGCACUCACCUGCAGACCCUCAGCUUCACCAAAGUGGACAUGGGAGACAAGGCCAUGAAGGUUGUGGGGAUCAAGGCCCACACGGAGAACGAUAAGGGACAAGUCCUGUUAGAUCUGUACAUCAGCUAUGUUGGCAACGUGGAAAUCAAUGUCGAGGUGAAGAGAUAUUUCUGCAAAGCUGGAGUCAAAGGAAUACAGCUGCAUGGCAUGAUGCGAGUGAUUCUGGAGCCUCUGAUAGGAGACGUGCCCAUCGUGGGAGCAGUCACCAUGUUUUUCAUCCGCAGGCCAAAACUUGAUAUCAACUGGACGGGACUGACAAAUCUGUUGGACAUCCCGGGACUCAAUGUCAUGUCUGACAGCAUGAUCAUGGACGCCAUUGCCUCAUUUUUGGUGUUGCCCAACCGUCUGGUCGUGCCCCUGGUUCCAGACCUUCACGUUGCGCAGCUGCGCUCGCCACUGCCCAGGGGCGUGGUACGCAUUCACCUGGUGGAGGCCCAGAAGCUUGCUGCUAAGGACAGUUACGUGAAAGGUGUAAUGGCAGGUCUGUCUGACCCGUACGCCAUUUUGAGAGUCGGACCUCAGACCUUCACUUCCAAACAUGUUGACAACACUGACUCACCCAAGUGGGGUGAGAUGUAUGAGGUUAUUGUCCAUGAAGUGCCUGGUCAGGAACUGGAGGUGGAGGUCUAUGACAAAGACCCAGACCAGGAUGAUUUCCUGGGCAGGGCGAGACUGGACCUGGGUGUUGUGAAGAAAUCCAUUGCUGUUGACAAUUGGUUUAACCUGAAAGAUGCUCCGUCCGGACGGGUCCAUCUGAGACUGGAGUGGCUGGCUCUCCUUCCAAACACAGAUCGACUGGAGCAGGUCCUGAAGAGCAACGAGAGCUUGACUAGUAAAACUGCUGAUCCGCCUUCCUCUGCCAUCUUAGUGGUGUAUUUGGACAAAGCUGAAGCACUUCCUUUAAAGAAGGGAAAUAAAGAGCCCAGUCCUGUGGUGCAGUUGUCGGUGCAAGACAUCACCAGAGAGAGCAAGACCUGUUACACAACAGUCAAUCCAGAAUGGGAAGAAGCCUUCACGUUCUUCAUCCAGGACCCACGUGAACAAGACAUAGACAUUCAGGUGAAGGAUGCGGACCGUGUGCAGACGCUGGGCAGCUUGUCCAUCCCUCUGUCCCGUCUGCUGUCCACUUCCAGCCUUGCUCUUGAUCAGUGGUUCCAGUUGGAAAACUCCGGACAAGCCAGUCGCAUCUACAUCAACACCGUUCUCAGGGUACUGUGGUUGGAUGAAGAGAAAAUAACUGCGGAUGUGUCCUCCACUUUGGAGUCGGUGCAGCGCCCUCAGUUGACGGCGCCGCAUUCAAGCUUCGCCACAGAGGGCCUCCUGAGAAUCCACCUCUUGGCGGGUCAGAAUCUGGUGCCCAAAGACAACCUGAUGGGCGGAAUGGUGAAGGGCAAGAGUGAUCCUUACGUGACGAUCAACAUCGGAGGGGAAACAUUCACCAGCCAGGUCAUCAAGGCCAAUCUCAACCCCACCUGGAAUGAGAUGUACGAGGUGAUUCUGACCCAACUGCCUGGUCAAGAUGUCCAUUUAGAGGUACUUGAUAAAGACAUGGACAUGAAAGACGACUUCAUGGGCAGGCUGAAGAUCAGUCUCACAGACAUUAUUGAUUCUCAGUUCACUGACCAGUGGUACACGCUGAGUGAUGUCAAGUCAGGCAGGAUUCACCUGGUGCUCGAGUGGGUGCCCACAUUCUCAGUGUCUGACCGACUUGAUCAGGUCCUUCAGUAUCACUCCCGACAGUCCUACCAGAACAAAGCUGUCCCCUCCGCUGGGCUGCUGUUCGUCUAUCUGGACCAGGCAGACAGCCUGCCGCUUAAGAAGAGUGGAAAAGAGCCAAAAGUGGGGGCGGAAAUUACCCUUGGGAAAAUGUCCCACAAAACAACAGUGUGUGAUCGCACCACGUCACCUAAAUGGAAUGAGGCCUUCUGCUUUCUGGUUCGUGAUCCAAGAGAGGAUAUUCUGGUUAUGAAAUUGUCCCACAGCUGGACCUUGCCAAUUGGUUCUUUGGUGGUACCAAUUAAAGAGCUACUCUCAGAACCACGGCUGGUCCUGGACCAGUGGUUCCAUCUGGAUGGAGCGUCACCUGAGAGUCAGGUUCUUCUCAGGGCUGAACUCAAGAUGCUGAUUCCCCACCAAUGUCCUGGAGCAAGCGAGACAGUGAAAAUGGCCUCUGAGAAACCCAAAGUGGACCAACCAGAGCGAGUGGCAGACCCAACUCUGAAGUCCGGUUUGAUGGAGGCUCAUGCUGCUCAGAACGAUGACCCUCUGGAUAUCACACUGGCUCCUACUUCAAAGAUUACACAUGAUCCCGCUGAACACAAAGAAGCAGCUGUUGAGGCGAGCGAAGAAAAAGAGUCAUCUGUUCCAGACGUGGUGCGACCGACUCACACGUCUCCAGAUAUCCACUUUGCCAGUGAGGGUCUUCUGAGAAUGAUUCUGCUGGAGGGCCAGAAUCUGGUGGCCAAAGAUAACAUGAUGGGAGGGAUGGUGAAGGGCAAGAGCGACCCCUACGUGAAGCUGACCACUGGAGAGGUCACGUUCAAAAGCAAUGUGGUCAAAGAGAAUCUGAAUCCAGUCUGGAACGAGAUGUAUGAGAUGGUGCUGAGACCUCAGCUGGGCCAGGAGGUGCAACUGGAGGUGUUUGAUAAAGAUAUGGACAAAGACGACUUCCUUGGCAGAGCCACUAUCUCCAUGUCAGACAUCAUCAACUCCCAGUACUCUGACCAGUGGUACUCCCUAAGAGACGUCAAGUCGGGCCGCGUCCGUCUGAUUCUGGAGUGGGUCCCGACUCUCUCUCAUAACGGCACACUGGACCAAGUGAUGCAAAUGCAGGCUCUGCAGUUGUACCACAACAAGACAGUUCCAUCUGCAGCCCUGCUCUUUGUCUAUCUGGACCGAGCUCACUCUUUGCCUUUUAAGAAAAGUGGCAAGGAGCCAAAAGCAGCUGCUGAACUGGUCUUAGGGAACACAACCUGCAAAACAAAGGUGUGUGAUCGCUCCAGAGCCCCGGAGUGGAAGGAGGGAUUCUACUUCUUGGUUCGUGAUCCUGCAGAGAUGCUCAUCGUGAAGCUGUCCAGUGCGUGGGACCAGCCGAUGGGAUCCCUGGUGCUCCCAGUGAGGCAGCUUCUCUCAGAGCCAGAGCUGGUCCUGGAUCAGUGGAUGCCACUGGAUGGAGCCCUGGCUGAGAGUCAGGUUCUCCUGAGGGCUGAACUGAAGGUUUUAAGCUCUAGGAUGACUGAAGUCCCUCAAUCUUCUGGCUCCAAAAAAGAGGAGCUUCAGGAUCCAAGAAUCUCAUCCAGCAUUGAGCAGGAAGAAAGUUCAGAUCUUCCUCCAGAGGAGCCGGUCCAGUUAAAGCAGUCAGCUGACGUGGAACCAGCUGUUCCUCUGGCUCCAUCUCCCGCUCACGAGGUUCCUGAUCCAGUCCCUGUGAAAUUGGAAGCUGGACCGGCGGAUCACGAGGAGCCAACAGGGACCACAGCCAAAGCAGACUUUACACCAAAGACGCAGGAAACGGAAGGUGCCAAUCUGGCAAACCUGGUCCACGCCACAGUGACGGGUCUUCCUGAACGAGAGCUCCCACGUCACGCCAGCCCCGCACAAGAUUUCGGUUCAGAGGGGGUGCUGAGGAUUCACCUGCUGGAGGCUCAGAGCCUCGUUGCUAAGGACAACCUGAUGGGCGGCAUGGUGAAGGGCAAGAGCGACCCCUAUGUCAAAGUCAACAUUGGUACGGCCGUGUUUAAGAGCCAAGUCAUCAAGGAGAAUCUGAACCCGACUUGGAAUGAGAUGUAUGAGCUGGUACUCAGUGAACCGACCGUGGCUGAUAUUCUUUUCGAAGCCUACGAUAAAGACUUGGACUCUGACGACUUCCUGGGACGGUUCUCUGUGAAACUGAAGGAGGUCAUCCGACAGCAGUACAUGGACCAGUGGUUCACUCUGAACGAUGUGAAGUCCGGCCGUGUCCAUCUGAUCCUGGAGUGGGUCCCGACAGUGUCACGGACGCUCAGACUGGAACAGGUCCUCCAGCUCCAGUCGCUGCAGUCGUUCAGGAACAAAACUGUCCCCAGCGCCGCCUUGCUCUUCGUGCACCUUGACAGAGCACACUCACUGCCGUUUAAGAAGAGUGGAAAGGAACCCAAAGCCUGCGCUGAGCUGGUCCUGGACGACACCAGCUACAAAAGCAAAAUGUGCGAUCGCAGCAGAAAUCCAGAGUGGAGCGAGGCCUUCUGCUUCCGUGUGAGAGACCCGGAGCGUCAGAUGCUCAUCGUGAAACUCUCCAGCGGCUGGGACCAGCCAGUGGGGUCACUGGUGGUUUCUCUGAGGGAAGUUCUGCGUGAACCUGGCCUGACUCAGGAUCAGUGGUAUGACCUGGACGGGGCCUCCCCUGAGAGCCAGAUCCUGCUGAGGGCGGAGCUCAAGAUUUUGGAAUCCAAAAUGGUGGAGCUGAUCAGCAGUGGGACUCUCCCGUGUGCUGGCUAUGGAUCUGGAAACGGGCAGGUGAAGCUGUCGCUGUCUUGUGCUGCGCAGGAGGAGAAGCUCGUGGUUGUUGUCCAUGGCUGCAGGGGUCUGGUGUCUCAGGGUAAAGACGGGGUGGACAGCUACGUGUCCCUCACGUUGCUCCCGGACAAGAGCAAGUCCGCCAAGAGGAAGACGGCGGUGAAGAAACGAGACUUGAGCCCCGAAUUCAACGAGAGGUUUGAGUUCCAAGUGCCCUCCGGCGAGCUGCGCUUCCGACAGCUGAGUGUGUCGGUGAAGAACGACGGAGCCUCCUUCAGGAAGCGGGACGUGGUUGGACAGGUGCAGAUUGAGUUGGGCCAGUUGGACCUCAGUGCAGGCGUCACCCAGUGGUUCGACCUCGAAGAUGAGGCAGAUUAGCAGUCCCAGAAGGGACGAUGUCAUCGGUACAAACGCCUUCGACGAUCACUGCGAGUCACACUGACGCGUUCCACUGUGCACGAGUGUAGCCACACACGCCUUUGCCCCCAUGACCCCGCCCCCUCGCUGCUUGGACGUGAUGAUGCUCUCUCUGCUCAGGCAAGAUGAAGAACAUGUGAAGAUAUAUAUUAGACAAGAAGGUUUUCGCUUCUGCAGAAUCUGGUUUUAAUGGACCUUAAUGCCAUGUCAGUAUUAUCAACCUUUUUUUUUAUCUCUGGUGUGAUUUGUGUUUGUUGCAACAGCUUAAUCUGUAUAUUUGAAGAAGUGACUGAUCGAUGGAGCCACACGACAGAAAGAUAGUGGCAGGAAUAAAAACACAUCU